UUUUCAUCAAAACAGUCUUGUUUCGAUUUGUCGGAGGAAGUCGGAUUUUAAAACAUUGCUAGUGGUUUUAUCCCCCAAAAAAGUCCAGCAGAUAUUAGUAAAAAUGGCACUUCUUUCCGCAGUCAAAGGCAAACUGAUUUCAGUCAUUGGAGAUGAGGACACCUGCGUUGGCUUCCUGCUCGGAGGAGUUGGCGAAAUCAACAAAAACCGUCACCCGAAUUUCAUGGUUGUUGACAAAAAUACCGCCGUCAGUGAAAUCGAGGAUUGCUUCAAGCGUUUCAUUAAACGCGAUGAUAUCGAUAUCAUCCUAAUCAACCAGAACUACGCUGAGUUGAUCCGUCACGUGAUCGAUUCUCAUACGGCACCUACACCAGCCGUACUUGAAAUUCCAUCCAAGGAUCAUCCUUACGACGCCAGCAAGGACUCUAUCCUGCGCCGUGCUAAGGGAAUGUUCAACCCGGAUGAUAUGAUUGCUAACCGCGGUUAAGCCAUUUUGCGUCUUUCGUUCAGUCCAAUCGUGCUCGCCCUAUUUGUUUUCCUGCAAUCAUGUAGUAUUAUCGUUUCUGCAAUCUACUUCCGUUACGUACGUCUAGAUCGAUAGCAUGUGGCUCUGAUUGUUAUGUUGUUGUCAUUCCAAGUAUGAAAUAAAAGAACAAUUCUGCUGAAUCGGCA